AUGGAGAAGCUAACGACGAGGCUCUCGAACACGUUCGCCUCGAACUUCUACGAAGACGGCGACCUGUUCCUGAAGAAGAGCAAGGACAAGAAGAUCUCGGCGCAGCCGCUACCUCACGGGGUGGUGCUGUUCAAGGGAUGCCUCGAUCUCGAGGAGCAGCUGAGCCUGGUCAGGGCCUGCCUCAAGAUGGCCGACGAGGAGCCCAACAGAGGUCUGCUCCCACGAUGCAGAUACGCGAGCACAUCGAAAAAGGCCGUCCCCAUCUUGUUCUACAACUGGCCGGCCGUGCCCGCGAGCAUGAAGGGCAUGAAGGAGCCCACGCGAUUGCUGCGCUUCGGACGAAAGAUGUUCAAGACGGCCUACGAGGCAGGAAGGCGCAACGGCGACAACAUGCAGUGCCCCAGCAAGUACAAUCCGGCAUCGCUCUACGCCAUCUUGUAUCCCCACGGGGGCAGCUUCAUCCCUCACGUCGACGGUGCCAAGGGCUGGGCUCUGAGCGUUUCCAUCGGCGACUCAGCAAACUUCUUCUACUCUGAGACGAAAACGAGCGAACGAACCUACGUGCGUCUGGACUCGGGCGAUGCGCUGAUCUUCAACGGCGGGCAGCUCUACCAUGGGGUGGAGAACAUAAUCCCGGACUCGGCCCCCGACUUCUGGCGGUCUGAGGAGACCGACAUCACCAAGUACGACAUGUCGAGACUCGUUCUUCAAUUCCGAGAUCCACAGAGAGACCAGUCUGGCCUCAAGUACUACCCCGUGUUCCAGGCCAUCGGCGAGUAA